AUGUCGUCCACAGACGACCUUCAAACCAUUCCCGCGCGCCAUGGUACAGCUACUUUCGUGCCAAAGGGUAGCACGAUCAAGAUUGUGAAUACCUCUGGUACUCAAGUCAUCGACACAUGGGCCUUUGCUCUGCCCACUCCACCCAAGAAGAAGGGACCCCAAGAAGACGCUCAAGACGAACAGGAUAAAAGCUACCAAGAGCAAGAUGAGAAGGAGAAGCUAAACCUCGCCGAAGAGGAAGACAAGAAGCAGCGCGAAGAGGAAAAGAAGAAGCAGGAAGAGGAGGAGAAAAAGAAGAAGGAACAAGAAGAAAAGGACAAGGCCAGUAAGAAGAAGGGCAACAGAAAGUCGCGAGGAGGUUUGGACUUGCCUUCGCAAGAGGAAGCCGAGGCGGCUACCUCGCAGCAACAGCAGGCCGCCGAAGCAGAAGCUAAGCAGCAAUCUACCCCCACCAAGAGCAGUUGGUCUUCAUACCUUCCUUCCCUGCGCGGUAGAAAGCAAAUCACCGAUGGAAACGCCAAAGACGACAGCAAGGCUUCCGAACAGAAGGAGGACCCUGCCGACUCGACAGAAGUGCUGGACAAGAGUCAAGAAAAGGAGAACUCGAGACGAUGGGGCAGUUAUCUGCUCAAGGGUCAGGGCGUCACCAGUUACUUGCCUAGCAAGGGAGCCAUCUCUGCUUUUGCUGCUCAGCAUGCUCGUGACCCCAACAAGACUUAUGCUGAGCAAUUGGCCGACUUCUCGAGGACGCCUGUAGGCGCUGCAUCUUUGUCAGCUAUCACGGGAUCUGGCUCCGUAUCUUCGCUCUACGCUGGAUACAGUGCAUGGAACGCCAUGCACGGCGACACUGCCCAGAUGGAAUAUCUCAGCAUGCCUCACACCCGUGCCUCAACCCUCCACAUGGUUCCCCGUGUCAACGACGUACUCGUGUCCAACUUGAGAGAGCCCAUGUUGACCCUUGUGGAAGAUACCAGCUCGGGUGUGCAUGACACGCUGAUCCCCGCUUGUGAUCCUCAACGCUACAAGGCUCUCCAAAUCGAGGACUGGGAACAGCAUGGAUCAUGUGCUGAGAACUUGGUUCUUGCGCUCAAGGAACUCAACGAUCGUGCUGGUCUCAAGGGACCCAAAGGUGUCGGUGCUUCCGUGACCGUCAACUCGGUUCCAGCGCCAUUGAAUCUGUUCAUGAACAUUCCUUGGAAAGGUGACAAAGGCGACCUCUCAUUUGAGGCUCCCAAGUGUAAGGAGGGCGAUUAUGUACGCUUCAAGGCGGAGAGGGAUGUCGUGGUCAUCAUGUCUGCUUGUCCCAACGAUGUACAGCAGAUCAACAAGGGCCAAUCCAAGGACGGACAUUUCCUCGUCGAACACGCCGAUGACGACUCGGACGAAGAGACUCCCGAAGAGGCCAAGAAGGCAGACAAGAAGAAGCCUCGCAAGCUGGGCAAGAAGGAUGACACCAAGCCUGAUGAGGAGAAGAGUGAAAAGUCUGAGGAGCCAAAAAAGAAGCCCGAAGAGCCAAAGAAGAAGCCCGAGGAGCCAAAGAAGAAGCCCGAGGAGCAGAAGAAGAAGCCAGAGAAGAUCUCCCUACCCCCGACCCCUGCAAUCGAGAAAUCAGAAGCCGCAUCUUCUCCCGCACCAAAGCCCAAGAGCCAGCCGAAGAAAGACAAGCCCGAGGAACAAAAGAAGGCAGAAAAGGUACCUCUCCCCGAGACCCCUGCCACCGAGAAAUCAGAAGCUGCAGCCGCUCCUGCCCCAGCACCCCCGAAGCAACUCAAAGGCAAGCCAAAGAAGCUCGCUGAUGAGGAACAGAAAAAGGCUGAAAAGACACCCCUCCCCGAAACACCUGCCGUCGAGAAGCCCGAGUCUGCCGCCUCUCCCGCACCUGCACCUGCUUCGUCUUCUUCCACCACUGGUCAAUCCACACCUAAACCCUCUUCAACUGGUCAAUCAACUCCCAAGCCCAAGGGCAAGCCUAAGAAGCUGAUUGACUCUUCCACUGGAGAAAAGAAGAAGCCUCGUAAAUUGGAGUCUAGAGCCAAGGGUACUUCUACACCAAAGUCUGGAUCUGCUGGAAGUCAGCAGGGCGACGCGACCGGCGGUGCUGAGAAAGCGGGGAGUUGA